ACAACUGUCGGGCUGGGAAUCCCUGCCGAUUCCGUAGCAAAUUUGGGCAAGCUGGGUUUCCCCGAGUCGAGGCCCCCGAAACUUGCUCAUUUCCACACUAGGAUCCCACACCGUGUGGUCGAAGAGAUGGUGGGAAACCAGGCGCGCAUACAGUACCAUUUGAAAAUUCGACAAAACCGUCCAGUCAAUCUGUAGAGCAAAUUUAACCUCGAUGACUCUUAAGCUUCACCAUCAUGGGACCCUUGCUCCUGACCAUCUUGCUUCUCGCCAAUCUUUCACUUCCUCUGCUACUCAUCAGUUUCCCUCGCUUGUUGACGAGAGCUGGAUUUUGGACUCUGCGCCUACAACUGCUGACUGUCGAGACGUAUUAUUGGCUCGCUGGGCUGCUCUCCUCGGUCACCCUUUUCUACGGCAUCGUUCGCGGGAUCGAUAAAGAAAAUCUCGGGGCAAGCUCACUGCUCGCUGCUAGUCUUUUCGCUCUCUUGGCCCUGGGAUUCCGACUGCUGGAGGCAAUCCUUUCUCGAUCACGCGCCAAAAUCUUCUAUCUCGCCUGGACCAAUGCAAGCCGCAGUGCGGUAGAUAAGCAGGUUGCUUUUCACUUGCCACGAGCUUUCCACAGGAUCGUUGGAGAUCAAAGCACUUAUAAAAAUCUCACCUUUCGAAGGUGGGAAGACUUUCGCUUUCCCUUUACUAGUUCAGGACAACAGGUCGCCCACGAUAUCACGGACAGCGUGCAUGGUCUCAGGCAACGAAGCAUUCCACCAGACCCGUAUGACAGGGCAAGAAUGGGUAGUCACAUGAGGGGAAUUCUGAUUUCGGAGGGACACGAUGAAGCCAGAGUGAUCUCCUUGCGCUGGGGCAAUCAUUGCGGCUAUGCUCGCAGAGCCUCCCGAGCAAUCACGGCGCAGCGAUGGGACGAAGACGCCUUGGGCCGAAUGACGAGCAUUUUUGGCACGCGCGACGAUUUGGCAAGAGGCUUGACACACGGCAUUCUUGGCCGUAACAAGGGCGUCCAUGUCAACGAAUUGCUCUGUGGUCUUCAACAGGAAGGCGGAAAGAAGCUCGAGCAUUUAUCCAGUCUAGCGCCAAGACCUGCAAAGACACAUCAAGGAGCAGUACGAAAAGAGAUGAAGGAUCGGUAUGAGGGUCUCGGUGACGCAUUCAUCGCAGCUUCAACCGAUCUCUGCCUUGCGUUCAUCGACUGCAGCUUGUCCUGGAUCAAGACUUGGCUUGAGGAUGGAAUGGAUCAACAAGACGCAAGACUAGUCUGGCAAGUCGAGGAGGCCUGCCCUGGCUGCAACGACCUAAUUCGAGCGCUGUACGUGACAUCGUACGCGGCUAUGCUGUCGAGUAUACACCUUGGUGUGCAGCACUUCAAACCCAGCUUUCUUUGCGCCAUUCUGUAUCUACAACGACAAAGGCGAUUGCCAGAUCUUCACCAAGUGUCACAGCAAUAUCUUCACCUUGGGUCAAAUGCUUGGAACGACUUUAGAGUUCACUUUCCUUCAGAACAAAAGCAACUAGAGGCCCUUGGUAUACUAGAGAUCCUCGUCUUCGGCGCAAGCACUUCCGAAUCUGGUUUGACACUUGACGAUUUACGUCUGCACUUUCACGACAUGAACGACACCAUGAAGAACAUACAUUUUCCUCCGCAAAACUUGCCCAGGGUGCUUCAUCGCGACCAGCUUUCGGCAGUUUCAUUACCCAUGGUGCGACAGCAACGUGCAGCCGGUCCGGUGCAAGGAAUUACCCCGACUCAUCUCCGCGGAUAAUGCAAUCUCUAGUCCGAACGUGGACCUAAAGAAUCAGAAAUAUUUGGAACUGAACAGGAACAGCACCGUACUUCAAGUAAGCUUCGAAGCCGAGCAAGGCUGUCGACAAGUCACGCGAGACGAUAGAGUAGUCACCAUCCCCUCCGUCCCUCCGACACUGCUCUAGUGAUACGUUUCUCACCCCUGCUGUGACAUGA